AUGGGGGGCUUGAAGAGGAAAAUAGACACGGAGAAGAAGAUCGAGAGGAAAGAACCACGAGCUGUUACAUUCUCGAAACGUAGGAAGGGCCUUUUCAGCAAAGCGUCGGAGCUCUGUCUUCUCUCCGGCGCUCAAAUCGCAAUCAUAACUACUCCUGUUUCUGCUAAUUCCCACAACUCUUUCUACUCUUUUGGACAUUCCUCCGUGGAUAGCGUUGUCGCUGCUUUCCUCGCUGAUGAGACUCCGACUCCGACUCGGGAUGUCGAUGAUGAAAAUCUAGGGUUUUGGUGGGAAGACGAGAGUCUCGCCAAGUCGGAGAAUGCGGAGGAACUGGCUGAGGCGAUUGAUUCCAUGAAGAGGAUGUUACACGAUCUCAAGGAGGAGUUGCAAAGAGAUGAUCAACACGUACCAGUGGACGACGUGGUGGAGAAGGAGAACAACAACAACAACGAUGCUUCUUCUUUAGGUUUAGGUUUAGGUUUAGGUGUGGGUGGAUGCAACCGAGGGAUGGAAUACUUUGAUCAAAUUGUAAAAUAUCUUGCAUCGAGCUCACUCGCUUGA